CUUCCGGCAGGAUUUCCCGCGCGGAUGGCGUCGCUUUGAGCCCUCCUCUUUUUGAGCAGUUGCGGGAGGGGUGAAGAGCUGGCACCUGAGGAGGGGUCUUGAGGGAGCUAAGAGGAUCCACAAAUGUGCUUCUGGUUAUGAGAUGGUAGAAGAUUCAGCAUCCAAAAGUGACCCAGUGACUGGCCCAGCUGAGCUCUGACCUUGUGGCCACUGUAUGCCAUGCCACAGCCCUGCCCCUCUGUGGUAUCAUCUGUAUCAACAUUGAACAUGGAGCCCGGUUAGGCCAGGUGGAAGACGGCCAGGGCCCCGAAGAUCAGGUUUCAGGCUCCUACCCCCGUGCUCAAGUAAUGCUGGUGUGAACAGUCUGGUGGGCACUGUUGGAACAACACAGGCACUGAGGAUCCAAGCCAGGUGCUUAUGGAGGACGUGCUCUGCUCCACUAUCCAUCCUCCUAAUCGAUGAUGAUACUUCAGUUUUGCUUAAGACCACCUCUCCCCAUUUGGAUGCAACCUUACUUCGGAUUUUAAGACAGCAUGUCAGCUGAAACACCAAUCGCACUGAAUAUUGAUCCCCAGGAUCUACAUGUCCAAACAUUCACUGUAGAAAAGCUACUGGAGCCUCUCAUAAUCCAGGUUACUACACUAGUAAAUUGUCCGCAGAAUCCUUCUAACAGGAAAAAGGGAUGUUCAAAAAGAGCCAGAGUUCUUCUAGCUUCUGUGGAAGAAGCAACUUGGAAUUUAUUAGACAAGGGAGAGAAGAUCGCCCAGGAAGCCACAGUUUUAAAGGAAGAGCUUACCGCCACACUUAAGGAAGUUCGCAAAGAAAGUGAAGCUCUGAAAGUGUCAGCUGAGAGAUUUGCGGAUGACCCCUGCUAUCUCCCCAAAAGGGAAGCUGUGGUUCAAGCUGCUCGGGCCUUGCUGGCUGCAGUUACCAGACUCCUCAUCCUGGCAGACAUGAUUGAUGUCAUGUGUCUGUUGCAGCACGUGUCAGCUUUUCAAAGGACGCUUGAGUCUCUUAAAAAUGUUUCCAACACAUCUGACCUCCAGAAAACCUACCAGAAGCUUGGGAAGGAGCUGGAAAAUUUGGAUUAUUUAGCCUUCAAACGUCAGCAGGACUUAAAAUCUCCAAAUCAGAGGGAUGAAAUUGCAGGGGCCCGGGCCUCAUUGAAGGAGAACUCCCCACUCUUGCAUUCAAUUUGUUCAGCUUGUUUGGAACAUUCUGAUGUUGCUUCCCUCAAAGCCAGCAAGGACACAGUUUGCGAAGAAAUUCAGAAUGCCCUCAAUGUAAUUUCAAAUGCUUCCCAAGGCGUCCAGAACGUGACGGCCCCAGUGGAGUCUCAGGCGGCAACCCUGGGAAGUGCCCUUGAUGAGCUUGAGAAUUUAAUUGUCCUGGAUCCACUCACAGUGACUGAGGAGGAAAUAAGACCAUCACUAGAGCAACGUCUUGAAGCCAUUAUCAGUGGGGCUGCUCUGUUGGCUGACUCUUCCUGCACGAGGGAUUUCCACCGGGAGCGGAUUAUUGCAGAAUGCAAUGCCAUUCGCCAGGCUCUCCAGGACCUGCUUUCAGAGUACAUGAACAACGCUGGAAGAAAGGAGAGGAGUAAUACCCUGAAUAUUGCCAUAGACAACAUGUGCAAGAAGACUAGAGACCUUCGCAGACAGCUCCGCAAGGCCAUCAUUGAUCAUGUGUCAGACUCCUUUCUGGAUACGACAGUCCCGCUCUUGGUUCUCAUUGAAGCUGCCAAGAAUGGCCGGGAAAGGGAAAUAAAAGAAUAUGCUGCGAUAUUUCGUGAACACACCAACAGACUUGUGGAAGUGGCAAAUCUUGCUUGUUCUAUGUCAACAAAUGAAGAUGGGAUUAAAAUUGUCAAAGUCGCUGCCAACCACCUGGAAACUUUGUGUCCACAGAUUAUUAAUGCUGCACUAGCUUUGGCUGCAAGACCCAAAAGUCAAGUGGUCAAAAAAACCAUGGAAAUGUACAAGCGCGCUUGGGAGAAUCAUAUCCAUGUCCUCACGGAAGCUGUAGAUGACAUCACAAGCAUCGAUGACUUCCUUGCUGUGUCGGAGAGCCACAUCCUAGAAGAUGUCAACAAAUGUAUCAUAGCCUUGAGAGACCAGGAUGCUGAUAAUUUAGACCGAGCUGCCGGCGCUAUCAGAGGACGCGCAGCGAGAGUUGCUCACAUCGUCACGGGUGAGAUGGACAGUUACGAGCCAGGCGCUUACACUGAAGGGGUGAUGAGAAACGUUAACUUCCUUACAAGUACCGCAAUUCCCGAGUUUGUAACACAAGUGAAUGUUGCCUUGGAAGCCCUAAAUAAAAACUCUUUGGAUGUGUUUGACGAUAAUCAAUUUGUGGACAUCUCAAAGAAGAUCUAUGAUACAAUUCAUGAUAUCAGAUGCUCAGUCAUGAUGAUUAGGACCCCAGAGGAACUGGAGGAUGUUUCAGACCUGGAGGACGAUCACGAGGUCCACAGUCACACCAGCAUUCAGACCGAAGGGAAAACAGACCGGGCUAAGAUGACUCAAUUACCUGAGGCAGAGAAAGAGAAGAUUGCGGAGCAAGUGGCUGAUUUCAAGAAAGUAAAGAGUAAACUGGACGCAGAGAUUGAAAUAUGGGAUGAUACGAGCAAUGAUAUUAUUGUUCUGGCCAAGAAGAUGUGCAUGAUCAUGAUGGAGAUGACAGACUUCACGAGGGGCAAAGGACCACUAAAGCACACAACUGAUGUGAUCUAUGCAGCUAAAAUGAUAUCGGAAUCAGGAUCAAGGAUGGAUGUCCUUGCUCGGCAGAUCGCUAACCAGUGUCCAGAUCCAUCAUGCAAGCAGGACUUGUUGGCCUAUCUAGAACAGAUUAAAUUCUACUCUCACCAGCUGAAAAUCUGCAGUCAAGUUAAAGCUGAGAUCCAGAGCCUGGGGGGAGAGCUCAUCAUGUCAGCUCUGGACAGUGUCACCUCCCUAAUCCAAGCAGCCAAAAAUUUAAUGAAUGCUGUAGUGCAAACAGUGAAAAUGUCUUACAUCGCCUCAACCAAGAUCAUCCGAAUUCAGAGUCCUGCGGGGCCCAGACACCCAGUCGUGAUGUGGAGAAUGAAGGCUCCUGCGAAAAAACCCUUGAUUAAAAGAGAGAAUCCAGAAGAAACAUAUGCAGCUGUCAGACGAGGCUCAGCAAAGAAAAAAAUCCACCCAGUGCAGGUCAUGAGUGAAUUUAGAGGAAGACAUGUCUACUGAAACCAGAAUUCUACUCUAGCGCCUAUAUUACAAAGUCCUGGCUAAACACACUGUGUUAAGUUUAUACUUGAUUACUACUGUAAGUUCAUUCGCUUUUAGAAUUUAAGCUGCAAGUAAUGUAAAGCAUUGCAGGCUGAACCAACAUAAGCAACAUAUAUGGGGGACUCAUGUCAUUGUCAUCUCUGUAAACUUAGUAAGUAAUCAAUAUAUGCUUGUUGGAUGAAUGAAAACUUCAGGUGCCAUUCAGCCUUUCCCAUUCCUGGGAAUAUCUUACAUGUAUUAUCAAAUGGACAUAGGAAGUCCAAGUAAGUCUUAUUCAUCAGUAAUAGCUUGAUUGCAUUCACCCUUUUACUUUUAAAUCAAAAAACUGACAUAAGAUCUUGACUUGUUUUCAAUGAAAGAAAGUGACUUCAUAAUAUAUUUUCCUGUUAAAUCUUUACCUGACCUGACUGACGGAGAUGUGUGGUUUCUGCUAUGGGGAAAAAUAAAUCUUUACUUGUCUAUAUCCAUUGUUAACUGAUCAGGCUAACAUCCAUCAGAAACUAACUAAGCUGGAGCAAUUAAGCUAUGUCCUAGAUUUUAAGAUCAGCCUCAAUUAUUAAUGAAGCAAUUUAUUAGCAUUAUAAACUUCCAUUAAUUUUGAUGCCAAAAGCGUGUUUUUAGGGCCCCAUUGUGUUUAGUAGUUUCGCACAUUGAGAGUUGGUUUUAAGUGGGUUCAUUAUAAUUCAGAUAUAGAGGAAGAAUUAUUACCCACUUGGUGAAAUGGGACAUCUAACUAUAUCCCUCAGUGAAUUAUGCCAACAGAAGUGUAAGUAGCUCUGCAUGACUCAAAAAAUUCAUUUUGAUCAGCUUGCAAUUAUAAUUAAAAGAAAAAGACCAGUUUGAGAAACAUUUGGCAUUGAGUAAAAUAUGAACUGUUUAAAUUGUACCAUUGAAUUUUGAAGUAGAGUUAAUGGCAGUGAAGCUGGAAUGAAGUUUAAUAGCAUGGUUUUAAAUAAAAGUCAUUGAGAUUGUUUUCUUUUUUAAACUGUGCUCACUAUGCACACUCCCAAUCACUGUGCUCAUCCCUAGCUGAGUUGGUAAUGAACUUCAUAACAGUCUCAGAGUCUAGUGCUUUGUUUUUCUCACUCUUUGUCUCUCUGUCUCUCUUUUUUUAUUCUUGGGGAGAUUUAAAUUUCAGUUUCACUUUUUCUCACACAUAUAGUUUCUCUUCAAAGAAUUUUAAACAUACAUUCCCUAUUCUACUUUUUUAAAAUGAUAUUAGAACUAUAAUUGAACUUUGUUGCAACUGAGUUAACAACCAUAUCAUGUUUAUUUGAUGAAGUCAACUUCACACAUGCAGCACCAGUUGAUGUUAAAAGACAAGUCUUAGGAUAAGAAUGUGCAAAACAUAAAAAUGCGUAAAAGUUGGGGCAUGAUGUGCAUGGUGUCUUGAGCAAAAUGGUAUGGGAAAAGUAUUUAUUUAGUAGAUUAAUAUUAAUUGUGGGAGAAUGUUAACUCCUUUUCAUCCUAAUUAAUUAUUUUAUUCUAGAAUUUUGGGUUGCCUGGGCUCAGCACAUGAACUUCCUGGGAGAUAAAAGCAAUAAACUCCUCCCUGUCUUGAACUACACACUGGUUGACAGUAAUGAUUCUGGACACAGUUCACUCCCUUAAAGAAAAAGCAGUGCCAAAAGGAAUUAAGAAAUUUGGAUAAUGCUAUGUUCCAGAACUGGCUAAAUAAAGGAGUUAAAACAGGGAGUUUCUUUCAUUGAAAUAUUGCCAUGAUUUUCUGAUCUAAGAGUAGACACUGUAAGAGUAAAAUUUAUGACACAUCCUUUUUUUUCAGAUAAAAGUGAAAAUUUAUAAUUUAUUUGAGAAAAUAUAUUUUUAAGAUACCACCAUACUUCUAGAUGCACAUCUUAGUUCCUAAAUCCACAUGUUCAAGAAUCAUGAGUCCCAUUUAAAAAAUCAAAUGUCUGAUUCUGCAUCAGUUUUCCACAGGUUGGAAUUUAGAAUGAAUCAUUAGAUGUGGAAAGAACAGACAUAACUUGAAAUUAUUCAAUUACCAAAUAACUUCUAUAUCAUAAAAAAUGACUUUUCAAACAAAAUGAGAUGUGAAUAAGGUCUCUUCUUCAAAGUAAGUAGAUUUCCAGCUUAGCUCAAAGUAAAUAAAAUUUAAUUUAAAAAAUGAACUUGGAAAAUAUCCCAAGAGUAAAGUCUGCUGUAGAAAUCAAAGGAGUAAUAAGAACAGGAUGCACAGAGCUGAGAAAGGCAUCUGUCCACCUGAGUGAAUUUUUGCAGUUGGCAUCUUUGGAAGAUUUAGUCCAAUUCAAAUCUGCUAAUGAUGUACUAAUACAUGAGAAAAAUUAACAGAAAAAAUAUUAAUACAUCUUCGCAUGAUAAGCCUAGUUAAAUGAAUCUAAUAAGUAUGAAUACAUGAGAUAUAUUUAUAUUGUAGCACUUCUUCUAUAGGGGUAUGGCAGAACUUUAAUGAGAAUGAUACCUUGGUGGUCCAUCUACACAUCUUUUCAAAUCACAUUCUAGAGAAUGGUGUUCUCUCUGAUGAUACAUUUGCUUUUCCCUUCUAAUCAAAACUCAUCUUUUUCUUUUAGUGAAAUCAAUUUAUGGGGGAAACAAAAAUCUUUGAGAAAGAGAAGAGGGUGUAGACGACCUACAAGGAUAAUCUCAUCCUGGUUUGCCAUGAGCAUCACCGUCAAACAUUACACCAGAAUCAGAAUGAUAAGUUAGAAAAUAUCCAUGAAGUCAUAAUCCACUGAAGAUUCUUCUAAUCAUAAAAACUUGGAGGUUUCAUCUCACAAGGAAGAUGAGACAUGUACAUUUCUCCCUUUUAUAUAUCACAAGUAAAAAUUAUUAGAUUAAAAUAUCUGUUUCUCACAGAGUCUCUUGAUCAUAAAUGGAUGAAUAGGUCAGGAAAAAAUUUAAAUGAUAAAUACCUACAGUGAUGUGUUGCUUAUCCUUUUCUACUUGUCUUAUAAUAUGAGUGAAAAACUAUAAAUGUUUUAGAAAAUAUAAUACCCUUGCCCUAGCUGGGGUGGUUCAGUGGAUUAAGUGUUGGCCUGUGGAUCAAUAGGUCAUCAGUUUGAUUUCCAUUCAGGGCAUAUGCCUGGGUUGCAGGCCAGGUCCCUAGUAAGGGGCAUGUGAGAGGCAACCACACAUUGAUGUUUCUGUCCUUCUCAAUCUCCCUCCCUUUCCUUCUCUCUAAAAAUAAAUAGAAAAUCUUUUUAAAAAAACGCAUUGUUUAAAAAAAAAGAAAAUACAACAGCCUUAAAUGUGCCUUCUGGCUUUUGCAAAUUGCUUAAUUUACUAGUAUUAAUAUAAAUAUAUGUCCCCCAUAAAGCCCUUCUGUUUAAGAGUUAAGAACCACCAUAACUGCACAAAAAGACCCUUCCUCACAUACUUAACAGUUUCGAAGGAAAUCACCUUUUAAGUCAUACCACAGUAAGACAGUGACUACACAGUUAAGUGCCCAAUUUGGGCCUCAAACCCAGUAAUUAGUGCUCCUCAAUUUCAGUAAUGCAUGGCUGAAAAAACUAAUGUCUGAGACCAGAGAAAGUAUUUUCAGGAGUUUUCUACACCUUCACCUUCAGGAUAGUUCUUUCAUUUCACCCACCCUUGCCCUAGGUAUCUGCCUAAUGACUGCUGACACCCUUCCACCAGGAUGAUACAGUCAGGAUUGCUCAUCCUGGUCAGUUACCUGCAGUUAAGGUCCUUUUCUUGUGCCAUGCACCAAAAUGAUCUCUCAUCCCCUUAGGUGUCUGUGCCACAGACAAAUAAAAAAAAUCUAUUCUGAAGUGUUCUAGUUAAACUUAUGAAUUCUAAUUUUCAGCACCACUAUUUCUUGUUUGCUUGUUUUUUAAUCCAUUCCAGAAGGCAUUCUUACUCCUUUUGGCAUGAGACGCGCACUUCCAUGCUAGGAGAUAUGGUUCCCAUGGAUACGGGUUUCUGUAUAGUAGUGGCAGAACGAGUGGAAUGAAAUCUAAAACUUUUCCUUGCGAUAUUUGUCAUUCUUUGCCAAACUCCUUACAGAAUUGCCAGCUUGUUUCAGUAUCAUUUUAAGCAAUUCUUCAGGUAAGCAAAGCAGGUAUCAGAAUAUCAAGUUGAAUGAAAUCCGUGCUUUCUUUUGUCAGCUUGUCUUCUGUCAACCAACCUGCCUAUUGCAUAUUUAGGAAUCAAAUAGCUAUUUUUUCCUUUGGGAAAGUCAGAAAUAUUUCUGUCUGACUUGAUCAGAAAUUUAGGGGUACCCAGGUAAAAGAUUGUAACCUGCAUAUUAUUUUAAUAAUUCUUUUUAAGCAAACUUCAAAUUUUCUGCAACUUGGGAACUUUUAUUUGUAUAUCAUUUUUACCCAUAUGUCACAUUCCAGGAAUCCACACUUAUUCAGAUGAAAACCUGAUGGAAUUUCUUUUGUCAUUACUCUUUGCCCAUAUCAUUAUGAUAUCUUCAGUAUUAGUAUUUUACAAGUUACUACCAAAUAAACAAGCCAGGCUUAAUGACAGAAGCAUCUACACACAAAAUAGUUUUGAGUUUUUAUUUUGACCCUUGGUUUCUACCAGGAAAGAAAAUGUGGGUGUCAUUAAAAUCAAUUAUAUGCCAAAAAAUAUGUCCUUAUUAAGGUUGUGACAUUAUCCUAGACAUCUAAAUGAGAGGGAGAAGAGUUAAAUUUUUAAAUUAUUUUUGUCAUUUUUAACCAAGUCGCAUGAACAAAGAUAUUUUCUCCUCAGGCAAAAGAAAUAAUAGUUUACAGCACUAGUCAUUUUUCCAUGUGAAUAUUUUUUUACCACCCAGCAGGAAAGAUAGGAACUAUCAUUGAACACUCCAAAAGAAGAUCACUCAUACCAACUGAACACGAUUUCCAAAUGGAGCCCAACCUCACCAGGAACCUGCUACAGUGACAGUUUGCAGGGCUGGCCUUCACCCAGAUCCCAGGAUGAGAUGCUCAUGGCUGCAGGCUGGCUUUUGGUCCCCGUAGCUUUAUGAGAACCAACACAGGGAUUGACUUUCAAAAUGAAUUUGACAAGUUGGAGAGAAAGCAGUAAGUACAGAGCACUUCUAAAGAAACAUGGAUAUGAAAGUGACAGAGGUAGGGGGGAAUAAGAAAGGUAAUUGCCAAAGCAGAUAAUUAUUUUAGCCAGAGGAAGGAAAAGUUUUGGUUGUGUGAAGACUAGGCAGCCUCCUCCCGAGGACGAGCUUAAGGAUAAGGAAGAGUUUAAGAGGUUGAGGAUACGGCGCUUGUCUUUGGUGGUUUGUAUGGAGUCAUGUUGGAGGCAGAAGGACAAAUUCUGUAACAGUUGAGAAUGAUUUAGUGAUAUCGUUUGCAAGAUGAGAAAUGGAAAUUCAGCCAGUUUUCUAGACUGAUAAAGGGUGAUUUUUCCCAGUGUCAGAGCUAGUCAGGCUAGUCACACACUCAUAUAUUUAGUGAAUAUUUAUUGAACAACUACGAUGGUCCAGGCAUGGCUAUAGGUUCUUAGGGUACAACAGGUAACAAGACCAAGAGUGAUCCUUGCCCGCAUGUGCCAGCUGUGAGUUAGAUGCUCUUACCUUACUAAAAUCUCUCAGUAACCCUAUGGGGUGAACACUAUUAGCUCCAUUCAUUGAUGAGGACAAGGAGGCUUAAACAGGAUAAAAAAUCUUGCUCAAAAAUUCACUGGUUCUAAAAAUGAGUUUGUUGUACUCAAGAGUCAGCACAUCAUCCUGGAAAAAUGAGAUUGUUUUUUCAGUUGAAAAUAAGAGACAAAUUUCAGAUGAUGGCUGGCUUCCUAUGUAAUAGUAAAGAUUAAAACUUAAAAAAAUGACAUUAAUCCAUACCUACAUGAUUCAAAGCACAUAAAAGGCAAGUACAUACAUAACUAGCUGCGUAUUUUUUACCCCUGAUAAUUGAAUGUAGAGCAUCAGACAUAUGAGUGAAUAUUUCAUCUAUGUGAUCUGAAGUAAGAUAAAAACUUUACCAAAUUGCUUUUAGUCCAGAGAGGAGAAAAACAUAAUGAAAAUGCAUGUUUCAACCCAUCCUUAGCAUUGAUUGGUGAAAAACAUUUGUUAAUAUCAUUUAUUUCCUUUCGUAUUACUAAUGUGUGUUUAUGUGGUUAAAUUUAUGACCAAGGAUUACUGUAAUACUUUCAAGUUUCUUUGCAUUCCAAACUGACUCAAACCAUGGCACACAUGUUCCCUUCUUUAUGGAAAUCACAAAUGUAGGUGGUGUGUGCCUAACUACAGGUAAAUAUAGUCCUUUAAAUGUGUAUGAUCUUCUUAGAGCCCACCAAAGGCGAGAUUCUUCUUGCCCACAUUGCUGGCCAUGCUGCUCUAUCUCGGGCCUGGGGAGUUGAGUGACUAUCUGAUCUCUCUGACAGUGGAGCCUCAGGUCAUCCUCAAGCUGAGAAUGCAUUUACUUGUUUGCAAGUAAAUGCAUUGGUCUUCAUAGCGCUGCCUGUACAAUUGUAAGAAAAGAAAGCUCUAAAGCAGAAAAUUCUCUUUGAAAAAGGCUCAGAUUUCUAACAUCUCUUUAAAAAUCUCUUAAAUGUAAGAUAUACAAAAGCCACUUAAAUGAUAUUAACAGAGUGGUCCCUGUGAUUUCAUUACCAACCAGAUAUUUUCUAGUUCUAAAGUUUUCAUUUUCGUGCAUGUUUAAGAAUACUUAUUUUUUAUACCAGAUAUUUUAUCUUGAAGGCCUAUAGCAUCUCUUUAAAAUUUUUAAAGACUUGUGUUAAUAAAUUAAAAUUCAAUAGUUCAAAAGCCUGCAGAUAACUUUGGCUUCCUAUUCCAACAGCCAAGUCUUACGCAACCCCAGCUGAACCAUCAACAAGUCCUAUCAGUUUCCCAUUUCUGUGAACCAUCAGAACCUCUCUGUGAGGGUCUAUGUCAUUCACCUGUCACUUGCUGAGAGUCUAGCUUAGACUGGCAGGUUUCCUGGACCUGAGCUUCUAACAGUAAAUGUGCACUAGAGUGUUUAGUAAAAAAGGGAAGAGGCAAGUCUGAGGUGUUAGUUUAUGCUCUCCGCUAAACAGAACUUUCCCCCUUCCUAAGGCUUUAAGCAUAAAAUGCAUUUAAAAAAUACUGUUGGGAGUGUACCACGGUUUGCCAAAUUAUGCCAUCAUGACUCUGUAUUCUUUGGGUUGGUGUACAAUAUUCCUGUGAGGACAUAAAUACGAUAAUUUGAGCAACUGUCUUGCAGGGUUAAGCUGUGUUUCCAACUGGUUCUGAAAAACUUCCUUGUGUGGGAUAGUCCCUCCAAAGAAAAUUUCAUUGGGCCUGAAUGACAGCAUAAUGAUUUUCCCUCUGUGUCCAUGACUAACAGGUUCCUGAAGACAGAAGCAGACGUAUAUGAUGCCCAACUGAGUACCUGAUAGUUGGGACUUAAAACAAAAUUGUCUUGGGCAAGUGAGGUGAUUAAGUAUAAAUCAAAAAUUCUCAUGAAAGAUUUUCUAGAUGCCCCUGCUUUCCAUUUUGAUUAUGUUUUUACUGACUUACCAAAAAUAAAAUAAUCAUUUAAUUUUUGUCCUUUUAUAAGCAAUAAUUUUGACAAACUUAGUGACAUUUCUGAAGGCUAUAUGCACAGUGUAAUUCAGGAUGAGAGCAGAUUUAAACUACGUCUGAGAUGAAAUCAAAGUAACCAGUUGGUAAUAGUCACGUUUACUGCCACAAUAUCUCCUGAGAGCUUAAGCGUGGUGGCACCCAAAAGUUUCAGACCAUCUUGCUUCGCACGCCACACCCGCUGUGCAGAGGCAGGUGGGCUGAGUGAACACAGUAGUGGGCCCAGCGCCAGAAGAGCCAAUUCAAAGCGGUUACACGGUUUGGCUACAGAUAACCUUUAGCAAAAACAUUUGUAGAUCUUCAUGAUUUUUAAUGCAAUUAAUAUAAAUGAAUCAUUUAUCCAGGAAUAGGACAAACUGUUUAAUAGCCUCAUGACAUUGACAUAGAAGCCCCUGUAUCUCCUUGAGAUUUUGCAUGCCUUUUGUGUUUCACUGAAUUAAUGAGAUUUUCUUUUUGGUAUAGUCACAAUUGAUUUAUUUCAUACAUGUACCACUGGGUUUCUUGUGAAGUUCCAUUAUUUGAAACAAUAUUUUAUUUCAACUCAUGUCACUCUGUAGUUUAUUAAUAUUUUGCUCAAUUGAUACACUGUCUAUGUUAAAGCAAUAAAAAUUAAAGGAUCAGUUA